UGGGGACAAGGUGUGUGGUUGGGGGAGGUCUCGGGGGGGUCUGAGGGUCUCAGAGCUGGGGGAUUCUUGGGAAUAGGGAGCUGGGGAACCCCAGGUGGUGGGGGUGGUGAGUUUUGGGGGGGGUCUCAGGGUCGGGGGGUGAGGGUGGUGAGUCUGGGGGGUGUCAGGGUGUCCCUGGGGGGGUGCCUGUCCCACGGGUGCCCUCCUGACCCCCCUACCCCCCAGGACCCCUACAGCAUGUUCCGGCCCAAACGCUACGCGGGCACCAAGGAGGACCCAAACCUCGUGCCCUCCAUCACCAACAAACGCAUCGUGGGCUGUGUCUGUGAGGAGGACAACAGCUGCGUGGUUUGGUUCUGGCUGCACCAGGGUGAGGCCCAGCGCUGCCCCUCCUGUGGGGCCCACUACAAACUGAUCCCCCACGAGCUGCCCCACUGAGGGGGGCUGUGGGACCCCCUGGGGCCCUGCUGAGCCCCCCCUGCACCUGAGCCCCCGAUAAAAAGAUGGUGGGGAGACCCUGA